AAUCACGUCAAUCUAUUGCCGUGCGUUCUGUCAUUAGCAUUCGAAUCAUACAUCAAGUACCAAGUAGAUUACAUUUCGUAGAACUAGUAGUUGCCGUGAAAAACAAAAUUCAAGUAGUUUUAGUACGAUCAAUUUCGACUCCAAGUAGCGGUAGCCCAAUUCCGCACUCGCUAAUCAACCAAUGACCAAUGGCCAAGAUCAGAAAUGUGUUCAAAAAACAUCUCAUCCCCAAUCUGGAGAGCAAAUGUCGUCUCUGCCUUUCGGACAAAGCGAUUGUCCAGUCUAUCUUCGAAUGCGACAGCAAAGAAACGACCGAUACCCUCGUGGAUAAAAUUUUCGAGUGCACUGCAAUUAUGCUUUCCAAGGACUUUGACUUUCCGUCACCGAUUUGCGAGGAUUGCGCGCUCAAACUGGACGAAUAUCUGCUGUUUAGGGCGAAAUGUUUGCGAAGUAACGAAAUUUAUAGAUUCAACAAGUUGCACAAAUCUCUACUUUUCGGUGGCGGAGGACUCAAGACGAGCAGCAAUGAUAAUGCACCAAAAGUGAAUCUAGAUGAAGAUAAGGAUAGGAAACCACCCAAUGAUGAGCAAAACAAGCAAUCAUUAGAACCCAAGGAGGACCAAACAGACAAAGAUGUGAUAGUAACUAGCAGUAGCAGUGAGGGAGCAAACGUUACUGUGAUCAGUAAUAUUGAACUGCCAGGGAAUUUGCAAAUUCCCGUCAAGGACGUGGAAAGCGAUCGGCCACUCGAAUGCAACGGUAACCAUCCGGAAAGUGGCGAUAUCGAUGAUGGCAAGUCCACCGAUUUGUCUGUUGUGGACGAAACGGAAGUUACAACGAUGAGUGAACCGCUGCUGACGAAGGUUGCACCCAGGUGCAAACUGCUAACGAACGCUAUCGAGGGUAUGAGGUUUCCGUUGGAAACUGUGGAAGAGUUAGACUGCCUAGAACGACGCCUCCGGACGUGUUCCGUUACCAAAGAGAAAUUCAUUACACUGCUCAAAUCGCUGAAAACGCACGAUACCUCACUGAGCGAUACAUAUCAACGUUUGUUCACCGACGCGCUUAUGAUCCAUUACAAUUACGACGGCAUCUCUCCCAAAUACAACAAACGGCCAUUGAAGAGUCUUUCCAUUUUCUCUGAGUGCAUGCCAGCUGCCUGGAAUGACCACAUGGACGGGAACAUGGUACGUGAAGCAAUAAUCGAGGCUGUGAAGAAAUCUCAUAAUCGCUACAAUCAAUGCAAGCAUCGCAAAAGAGCCAGUUAUGAAUGGUUAUAGCUGACGAUACCGCACUAGCAAAAUCGGAACACGGUCUCCGGCGUAGACCGUUCUCUAAACAUGUAGCUACCGAAAUUAUAUCACAUUGCUUGAAGCAAUCAGUAGUGAUCAAUUACUCGAGAGUAGUUAAUUUAACGAAAACGAUAGAAAAUGUAGUCAACAUAUUGCAACUAUUCAAAUAUUGCCAAACAUACAAACGAUACAUAGCGGAAGUCGACAUCGACGUUUAGUUACAUUUUAAACAUUUUUAACUAUCAAACCAGUUAGAAGAAAAACGGAUAAUAAAAUGCAUAAAUUGACGUGGAGCAACACACAGUAAUUGAUAUGAUAGCUCACACUGAGAGAUAAUUUAAGUAGAUAAAUUACUCCACUAAAAAGAAUAAGGCGAACUUGCGCCACGUAUCCGUGCAAUAACACAAGAUCAUUGUUAUGAGAAAAAGACAACACUUUUAGAUCGAGGGCUGUAUUGCAGAGAACUUUAGCUAAACUCACACUACAAAGAUAGCAACGCUGUCAAAAAAAAUUCUAGAAUAUUGUUGAUGAUUUACUGGUAAAGUUUAUUUUUUUAUUGUAGGAAAUUUUUGCGAGCUAUUUUAGUAGAAGUGUGUACCAUCAAAAAACAGAGAGCAUUUUUUAAUUCAACCUAAACUGUUCAAUAAUAAUAUCAAUAUAUCAAUAUAACGCUUUGCACAUAAUGCGGAAUUAUAAAUAUUUUAUUUAUAAACGUGCAGACUGCACAGAAAGUGCAAUACGAAACUAUCGCAAGCAUAACCAAUGCCAUGACAGUUAUCACAACCAUUAAAAAGAAUAAAUAUUUGUAUCGAAGUAUUUGAACAAAAUAAAGAUCUGAUUAUUGAA